UUUCACAGCUGAAAGCAGCCAAAACGCAGAAGCUGCACUGCAUACAUCGAGCUAACUAUCUGCAGCGAUGUCUCGCUCCUGCUGCGUCGCCGUGUCGGUGCUUCUCGCUGUCGCCGCGACAGCCAGCGCCACCGCGCCGGCAUGGCUGCACGAGGAGGCCAUGGCCACGGGCCCGCUGGUCGCAGAGGGUGCAAGGGUGGCGCCCUCCGCGUCCACCUGGGCUGCCGACAAGGCGUCGCCGGCGAGGCCGAGCGGCGGCAUGGCCACGCAGGGCGACGACCAGAGCUCGUCGGGCGGCAGUGGCAGCAGCGGUGAGCACGGCAAGGAGGAGGGCGAGAAGCAGGGCAAGAGCUGCCUCACCAAGGAGGAGUGCCACAAGAAGAAGAUGAUCUGCGGCAAGGGCUGCACGCUCUCGGCGCACAGCAAGUGCGCCGCCAAGUGCACCAAGUCCUGUGUCCCCACCUGCUAGGAGCCGAGGCCGGAGCUUGCCGGCGGCGAGACCUCGAUCGAUCGAGUGCUUCACUUCACUUCUUUGUUAUAGUUCUUGUGUGUUGCCGUUGCGUUGCGUUGCGUAGACGAAGGGAAUAAGGAAGGGUAAUUGGAUUACCUGUUCCAGAUCUCUGUGUAAGCGUGUUGUCGUGACAAGUCAUUUGAUCCAGAGCGAGCGAUGGAUAGAUCGCGCUCGCAGUUUUAAUUGCAAUGCUAGUUCAAUAUGUCUGCAUCAUGUUGGCAACUACAUAGUCCAGAUUCAAACCGAGAUCGCUGUUUAGCAUGCCA